UAUUCCAUAAUCUCCAACACCAAACGUUAGGUGUCCUGUCUCCCACCAAAUAAUUCCUUUAGUAGGUGUCCUCCAAAUAAUAUAUGACACCUCAAAAGUCAUUACAAUCUUUGAGCUUCUCAUUCUCACACAUUUCCUUCACUUUACUCUCAAGCAAUUUCCAAUUUCCAAUUUCCAACAAACACUUUUUUUUCACAUAAAUCUUCAAAAUCAAACCCAUAACACUUCAGAUCCAAAAAUCCAAAACCAUGAGAUCCAAAACACAACUCUCAUGCAAUCUCAAACUAGUUCUUAUCUCUUUCAUAUUUCUCUUUUUCUUCAUCAUGUUAUUCAAAUCAUCACUAUUUUCAUUUUCUCAACCACUUACCACAACCUCAAAAACCAACAACAACCUUUCAAUAAUCUCAUCACAACAAGAAACAGAAAAACCAACCAAAUUACCAGAAUGUCCCUCUCUUCCCUUAACACCAACAUGCACCAAAAACCCUCCAUCAUUAGUCAAUGCAAUAAUCCAUUAUGCAACUACAAAUAUAACUCCUCAACAAACAAUUAAAGAGAUUUCGGUUUCUUCGAAAAUUCUUCAAAAGAAAUCACCCUGCAACUUCUUAGUAUUCGGUUUAGGCCACGAUAGUUUAAUGUGGACGUCAUUAAACUACGGUGGCCGAACCGUUUUCUUAGAAGAAGAUAAGUCAUGGAUAGAACAAAUUCAAACGAAAAUCUCGGGUUUGGAAUCAUAUCAUGUUGUGUACGAUACAAAAGUUCAUCAAAGUGAUGAACUAAUGAGAAUUGGAAUGGAAGAGAAUUGUAAAGAAGUUAGUGAUCCAAGGUUUUCAAAAUGUGAAUUAUCACACAAAGGUUUUCCUAGUGAAAUAUAUGAAGUUGAAUGGGAUGUGAUCAUGGUGGACGCCCCGACCGGUUACUUCGAUGGCGCGCCGGGGAGGAUGAGUGCCAUUUAUACGGCUGGUUUGAUUGCUAGGAACAAAGAAAAUGGUGAAACGGAUGUGUUUGUGCAUGAUGUUGAUAGAAAAGUGGAGGAUGAAUUUUCUAAGGCUUUUCUUUGUGAAGGUUAUUUGAGGGAACAAGAAGGAAGGAUUAGGCAUUUCAAUAUACCAAGUCAUAGGGCUCGUUUGGGUAGAUCAUUUUGUCCAUGAAAAAUUUGAUUUUUGAGAUAAGUUUUUUUUUCUUCUAUGAUCUUUUUAUAUAUUCAUUCUACUAUAGUUUAAAAAUUAUAAGUGUCUUUUUUUGUUGAGAUUAUAUUACUAUGAAUUCUUUAUAUUUUUCAAGUUAUUAGUGGAUGAAUGGAAUAAUAGAUGUUAUAUAGUGAAUUGGAUUUAAUUUGUAUACAUUAUGUAAAAAAAUUAUAAUUUUUUAAUCGAAUAUAUUUUAUGAUGUCA